CAAUCCGGAACUCAGAGCCUGGGGUAACAGACGUUCGCCUAGGGUGCCUAAGUUUGUGUCUCAUUCUCCCCCCCACCCCCGCGCCCUUCACCUCCACACACACCUCCCACUGUCAAGAAGAGUCCACGAGGAGAAGGGUGCGCCGCGCCCGCGUGUCAAUGGCAGCUGCGCCUACUGGAAGAAGUUGGUUCUUGCCCGGAAUACUUUUCCUCCGGUGCCCCACCCCUUGAAUCAGCAGCCGCUGCCUCUUGCGGCUGGAGCAGGGACAAGUGGAGUUUGGGGCAGCUGUCAAAAACAAGGGUGGGGGUGUCUUUUCUUCUCUGGGAUGGACCGGAAUGAAGGAGGAGGUGUCCUUAACUCUCUCCCCAUCUGUUGCAAACUAAAAGCACUCUUCGCCCGGGAGGAAAGGCCCCGGAGGAGAAACCGGUGUGGCCGCCGAGGUCUGAGGGAUGUGGACGGCAUCAGCGCUUCAGGCAGGCAGGCAUGACCCUGUUUCUGGGCUCCGCCACCCCAGAGAGGGACCAGUGACCGCGGCCCCCCCGGAUCAGGGCUGUUGAGCUGGAAGGAGUCAGCGCCUGGGACCCAAGCACCUUGUGUAGCAAUAGUGGCUGGAAUACUCUUCUGUAAGUUACCGGAGCGCCAGUAAAGGAGGAUCAUCGCCCGCCCCCCCGCCACUCCGACUGCUGGCCCCUAGAAACCCCAGCUUAACCUCUCGCUGGGACGGGAGUUCCAGAAUGAAAAGCAAAAAGGGCCUUGUUGCAGCUUCUGGCAGUGAGACUGAGGAUGAAGACAGCAUGGAUAUUCCCCUGGACCUGUCCUCUUCAGCGGCCUCAGGCAAGAGGAGGAGGAGAGGCAAUCUGCCCAAGGAGUCUGUUCAGAUCCUGCGGGACUGGCUGUAUGAACACAGAUACAAUGCGUAUCCCUCCGAGCAAGAGAAAGCCCUGCUCUCCCAGCAGACACACCUGUCCACGCUGCAGGUCUGUAACUGGUUCAUCAACGCCCGCCGCAGGCUCCUCCCUGACAUGCUGAGAAAGGAUGGCAAAGAUCCAAAUCAGUUCACAAUUUCCCGCCGUGGGGCCAAGAUUUCAGAAGCUAGUUCUGUGGAAGCUGCAAUGGGUAUCAAAAACUUCAUGCCGGCUCUAGAUGAGAGCCCGUUUCAUUCCUGCACAGUUGGACCCAACCCAACCCUAGGGAGGCCAGUGUCUCCCAAGCCUUCCUCUCCGGGAUCCAUUUUGGCUCGCCCUUCAGUGAUCUGCCAUACCACUGUGACUGCCCUGAAAGAUGGGCCUUUCUCUCUCUGCCAGCCGGUUGGUGUGGGACAGAGCACAGACGUACAGCCAAUAACAGCCAGCAGCUUCACAGACACCUCUCUCGUGUACCCUGAGGACACUUGCAAAUCUGGACCGAGUCCAAACCCUCAGAGUGGCCUUUUCAACACUCCUCCCCCUACUCCGCCGGACCUCAACCAGGAUUUUAGCGGAUUCCAGCUCCUAGUGGAUGUUGCACUCAAACGAGCAGCAGAGAUGGAGCUUCAGGCCAAACUCACAGCUUAACCCUUUUUCAUACGAAACAGUUCUCCACAAUAUGGUCCUGACUGUCAGAGUGAUGGCAAGAGAUGCAUUAUUUUAUAUAUUUUUCUAUUAAUAUUUGCACAUGGGAUUGCUCAAACGAAGCUUCCUGUUACUAAGAUGUCUUCAAUGGAAUGCAGUCAUUCAUUCCAAGAACUACAAACUAAAGCUACUGUAGAAACCGAGGGUUUUCUUUUAAAAAUGUUUCUUGGUAGAUUUUUCAUAAUGUGAGACGGUUCCCAAUAUCAUGUGAUCUUCUCCCCACUCCUUUUUUUGAUGUUUUUUUUUUUUUUCCAGACUGUGCAAUACUUAGAAGCCGUAGUGUCUUUCUAUUUCCAUGUGGAACAGGAUGCCCACAUACAGUCUAAUGAAUACAUUUUCAGUUUUUUUUAAGAUUCAAGCAAGUAUGAAUCUAGUUGUUGGAUAUCUUUUCAUGAUGUAAUAAAGUAUUUUCUUUAAAAGUUA